CGCUUUCAUACGGUCCUGUGGUCCAGACACUCCUUUGGUUUGAAAGCCCUGCAUGCUGGGUAAGGAGAACUGAAGGUCCGACGGAGGAAAGCACUACAAACGCACUCACACCGGCUGUUUUAACCUUCAUCUACACUGAGCAAGCUAAAUACGGAAUUCCGUGCUCUGCUGCAGUCUGAUAGCCAGUCUAUUGGGAAUGUAAUCUGCAUCCGCACCAUGAGAAUAAAUCACCACGAUUUGAAGGAGUGUGCGUGAGCCCCCGGGGUGACCGAGGCGGGACCAUGGAGCCGGACGUCAUACGCAUGUACUCCUCGUCCCCACCCCCCCUGGACGACGCGCCCGAGGAGGAGGACGAGGAAUUCGGGGACUUCGGCGGCUUCUCGGGGGUGGCCUCCAGCGUCAGCUUCGGCGAGUUCGACUCCCCCAAAGGCUUCGGCCAGUCCCGCGCCGCGGACACGUCGCCCCCCGGCCGCUCGGGCGGGACGGUCGCGGCCGGCUUCGCCCCGGGGGGUCCUGGCCGGGGCCCUGGUGCGGCCCAGCUGCGGUCUGACCCCCGCGACCCCGGCUGCAGCCACGCCUCCCCGCUGCCUGAAAGGAUGUUCGGCAGCGAGGCUGUCCGAAAGCCCGCCCCUGGGGCCCAGGCGGCCAGUGGCGGGCGAGCUGAGAGCCGCGCCCGCGACUGCAACCGGGACGUCCCGGCCGCGGAGGGUUUUAACAACGGCUUUGGGCCGUUUGACGCGGAGGAAGCCCCUGUCGUCAGACCCAAAAAGAGAGGGCCGGCUGCUAAGCCCACACUGGACUGUUGUGGGCACAGGCCUGUGACCAGCUCCACCCCAGCGGGCCCACCCCGAAUCUGCAGCCUGGGGUCAGAUGGUCCGCUGCACGCUAGCGGAGCGCCUGGAGGGACGUCCCUGGGCGGCAUGGUCAGUGAACCGCGCUCUGGGACAGCGCUGGUCGAGACGAGCAUGGAAAAGAACGGGCUGGAGGACAGUGUGGGCAGAACAGGGUCCCCGACCCCGACCAUGGCGCCGCUAGCAGACCUGAAUGACAGAGAAUGGGGCGAGUCUGAGCGUGGCAACCCUGAGCCCAGGACCGAACUUCCGAGCGCUCUGCGGGAACAAAGCCCAGCCAGUCUGAACGGAGCGGAGGAAGGGGGGGCAGAGGUAGGGGGGGCGGAGGACGAGUGUGCCGUCGGCCCGGGGACCGUCAGCGCAUCUGUAAGCGAUGACUUCGCGUCCUUCUGUCAGGCGGUGUCGCCGGACGGGCUGGAGGACUUCGGGGACUUCAAUGCCACGGGCUUCGCUGCCCCGCCCUUCCUCGAAGGGGAGGAGCCGCCCGCCAAUCGCACCAAUGAGGAGGGGAGCUCCGGGGACUUUGGCCAGACUGAGACACUGGACAGGGUCGCUGAUUUGGCCGCCAGGCCCACCACAGAAUCCACCGAGGAGGGGGAGUUUGGCGGGUCAGAAGACGGCGAGAGCGUAAAAAAGGAGGGGGAGGAAGACCAGGGGGAGUUUGCGGGCUUUCCUGGCAGCGACAGCUUCGCCGACUUCAGCUCGGCGCCCACGGGGGCGGAGCCGGACAGCCCCGCGGGGUGGAGCGCGUUCGAGCAGCCGGAGGACGCCGCCCCGGCGGGGGGGAGUUCCUGGGCCGCGUUCCAGGCGGAGCAAGGCGCCGUGCUCGGGGGCGAGAAUGAGGAGACGAGCUGGGAUGAUGCCGCCACAGCGCCCCCGUCUGGCUGCCCCCGGACCUGCAGGAGGGACAGCUUGACGGCGUCUCUGGCCAGCCGGUUGGAGAGGCUCUUCAGGGUCAGCUUUCCCGCGGUGGGGGAGCCCGAGGCGGGAGGAGAGGUCCCCUCCCUCAAGGCCCUGCUGGAGCCCCCUGACGCACGGCUGGAGCCAGGGGAAGAGAGAAGCUCCGCCUCCCACAGCACGGGGCCGCGGGACGUGUGGUGGCGGCUGCAGGACAUCCACGACGCGUUCGGCCUGCGCUACCAGUGGGGCGGCUCCCAUAGCAACCGGGCGCUGCUCUGCUCCCUGGGCAUCGACAACCGCAGCAUCCUGUUUACAGGCCAGAAGAAACAGCCUGUGAUCGUGCCCGCGUACGCUGCCAGCCUGGGUAUGCUGGAGCCCACCAAAGACCCCGCGAGCCCCCUUUCAGCGGCAGAAAAGACAGCGUCUAUAGCACAAGCACCUUCCACCUCUCUGGAAAUUAGCACUUCACCAGAUUCCACUCAGCAGGAGGCGCUCUUACCCAUCCAGUUUGACUGGAGCAGCAGUGGCCUUACUAACCCCCUGGAUGUCUCAAGCUAGAGGAGGUUCCUCUCUGCUUCACCUCAAGCUUUUUGGGGCUGCGGAAGUUUCUAGCUGUAGAAGCGCCUCCUCGCUCCCAGGUCAGCAGGCACUGCUCUUUGCAAUGAACCCUUUUAAGAUCCCAAAUAUGUGAUUAGAAUGUGCUUAACUGAACAUUCUGUUGCUGAUGUAACAAUCACUGCUGGCAAUUGUAAGCAUUGGAGUUCUAGAACAAUGAAUUAUUUUGAAAAAAUAUUUUAAAAAAACCCACUCUUCAAAGGGUUAAUCACAAGCAAAGCUGUCUGUGGUAGGCGAAGCCCUGGAGAUUCCCCUCCCAUUGGGUGUGCAUAUGGCUUCCCCAAGACACAGUGCUGCCCCCUCAUCCCAUCAGGCUGUGCAGGUUUAAGCAGGAAAAGGCCCGUUAAAAGAUCCCCUCGUCUCUCGUCCACCCUGCCCUAAAAGAGUUUGUCAUUCAGUGCCCAUAGCUGACGGCUUUCGUUUUAGUCUUGGAGAAGCCAUGUGAUUCUCUUGGUGACGUCUGUAGCUCGUCUGUUGUGUUUUCCAUUCACUAACACGUGGACUGGGUCUUAGACAAGAUUAGGUAAUCUUAAGUAUUAUUGUGAGUUGCUCUCUGUGUACCCCUCACCCAUAAAGGAUGCUCCAAAUUUCCAAUCAGUAACUGUUUUAGAAAAGCAGGAGGGAAAACUGUUCUUCUGUGCAGUAAACCUGCUGACUCGUGAAAGUAGAGUUCCUCCAGUUAAGGUUUAGCACAUUUAAAGCCUAAAUUCACAUCUGUUGCAUGUGUCAAUCAACUUUUUAGCCUAACCUCAAAUGGAAGAUAAUCCAACCGAUCGGGUUCCAGCUCACAGCUACUGCUCAGAACGUGAAUGUUAUAACGUCAUAUAAUGCAGAGCAAGCAUUCAGCAGAACAGAACUGUAUGCUCUCAGAUUCAAAAAAUUACAUUUGCAUGUAUCGUUUAACCAUUUGAACCUAAGAAAAAUCCUAUUUAUGGAGGAUAUAUUUAGCAAACAUCUUGGCUGGUUUAUUAUCUCAUGUCUCAGUAACAUAAUAUUUUUAUGCACAUGUGACCAUUUUUGGCCAAACUGUAAAUUGCUGCUAGGUAUAAAAUGAAACUCAACAAAAAAAAAGGUUUUCAGCGUACAAAACUAUUGGGUCCAGGGGGAUCUCUUCAAAUUUACUGCUCUGAAAACUUUCUAUCUUGAUUGUCUCUCUACUGUGGAAGUACACCACCUCACCUCUUGUAAGUAUUUCUUUUCUUUCUUCUAGCAAUGUUUUUCUUUCUGUUCUUUACUCAUUUCUUUUGAGUAGCUGUUCCUCCUGCAUGUGCAUACGAGUUGUUUUCUGUGUAUGAUGUCCUUUACAGUUGACGGACAUAUUACCUGCUCAGAUAACAGAAAUGUGUUCUGUGUGGCCUAAAACCUUGAUUUGUGCUUGCUUGGUUAUUUGAUAGAGUGAUGGGUAGGCAUUAGAGGGGAGUGGCAUUAGGGGGGAGUGGCGUUUGAGGGGUGGGGCAUUAGAGGAGAUUGGCAAUAAGGGGGAGUGCCGUUAGGGGGGAGUGGCAUUUGAGGGGAGUGGCAUUAGGGGAGAUUGGCAUUAGGGGAGAUUGGCGUUUGAGGGGAGUGACAUUAGGGGAGAUUGGCAUUUGAGGGGAGUGGCAUUAGGGGAGAUUGGCAUUAAGGGGGAGUGCCAUUAGGGGGGAGUGGCAUUAGAGGGGAGAGAGGAGUCGUGUUUAAGGAGAGUGGCAUUAGGGGAGAUUAGCGUUAGAGGGGAUUAGCGUUUAAGGGGAGUGGCGUUAGAGGGUUGUCAUAGCAGCCGGGCUGAGUCUGUGUCUCUAUACUUGUGAAGGCAAGCUAACCACAGCCAAGCUGGAGACCAGCAACACCAGCAGCCUGCCUGACUCCUUCGCC